AUGCUAUCCCACAAAAUCCUCUCCCUAGCCUCCCUCAUAGGGCUAUCUCUAGCCCUGCCCAAAGCCAGAUCACCCAAACUCGACUCCAACCCCGUCCCUGGCGAAUCCCCUCUUUUCGCAACAUACACCAGCAAACCCACCCCCAUCCCAGCCAACUACACCCGAGUCAUCCCAGCAACAGCCUCAGGCCCCGCCGGUCCCGAUGACCUACUCUUCCAAAACCUCCUCAGUGCCGAGUGGAUCAUCUACUCCUUCUACCAACAAGGUGUGGAAGCCUUUAACCCAUCCUCCUUCAGCGACCUCGGCUACCCAAACAGCACCUACGACCGCAUCGCCGAAAUCCGCGACAACGAAGCCGGCCACAUCCGCAUCUUCCAGGACGAAAUCUCCUCUACAUCCCUAAAACCGGGCCCCUGCAACUACAGUUUCGGCUUCGACAACGACCCCGAAACCUUCCUCGCCCUUCAAGUCUAUAUCGAAGUCAACAGCAUGGCCUUCCUGACCGGCCUUGUCCGCGAAUCCAACACAACCGAUACCAGCUCCGCACUCGUCGCCGUUGCCGAAGUCGAGACCCGUCACAACGUCUGGUCCCUCAUUGAUGUCUGGGACGUGAGUCCCUUCGCUGGACCGGCGGAUACGGUGUAUCCCUACGCGAACCAGAUCCUGGCGUUGACGAAUUCCUUCGUCGUGUCUGGGAGUUGUCCUUCUGAGAACCCGGAGUAUCCGUACCCGAAUCAGAACUUGCCGGAGAUUGGGUUUGCGACGAAUACUACUACUGGGCAUCCCGGGUCGAAGAUCCAGUUGGAGUUUAGUAGUGAUCCCGGGUUUACCGAGGGUGGGGAUUACUAUGCGGUGUUCUUUCAUGGGGUGUUGAAUAUUAGUGUGCCGUUUGAUAUCAAGACUAAUGAGACGGUUAUUCCGGGGGAGUUUGAUAAGGGGGCGGGUAUUAUUGCUCUCGCUGUGGCUGAUGAGGCUGGGGCGCCGACGGAGGACAGUGUCCUUGCUGGGCCGUUGUUGUUGUUACAGCAGCCGGAGAAGUUGACUCUUUUGGAGCCUUGA